AUGACAUUUAUUUUUGAAGUUAAUAAGAAGAAAUUCUACAAAUUAAAAAAAAAUUUAGAAUUUGUUAUUUCGCUACCUGGUGCGUCAAUAUUUUCAUCCCUUGUUGAUUCUCUACAAAUUGCUUGCAAUUAUAAAGAAUUGAUCAAUUGUAUAGAUGCAGUUACUAAAAAGUAUGGAAAUCUUACACGUUUUAUCUUAGGGACAGAUAUAUUCGUAGUACUUACAAAACCCGAAGAUUAUAAACUUGUGCUCACGAAUGUAAAUGGCAAUUACAAAAGUUCAGUGACCCAGACAUGGAAAGCAAUACUUGGUGAUGGAAUUAUCAGAGCUUCAGGUGCAUCUCACAAGCUUCGACGAAAAAUAAUACAUCCUCUUAUGAAUAUCAAGUAUUUAUCCGAAUAUAUAACAUAUUUCGAUAGCAAUCUUUGUAUGGAUAUUCUAGAAAAGAAUGUCGAUGGUCCAAUGUUUGAUCUGAAACCGUAUAUAGAACAAUAUGCAUUUAAUAUAUUUUUAGUGACAACGGUGGGUAUUCAAGGAAUAGCAAAUAAAGAUGGACUUGACAUAUUACAUAAGCAGAAAGAGUUGUUCAAAGAUGCUUAUAGCAAAGUAAUAAAGCCAUGGUUACGCUUAAAUUGGAUUUUUUCUUUGACUGGAAAUAGAAAACAAAUGUGUAUUGCUGAAAAGACUCUGAUAGAUUUUAUCUACAAUAUAUCACCACGAAAGUCAGAAAAUUAUACUGCUUUACAACGUAACAAUUACAACAUGACAAUUUUCCAAGAAUUAAAGCCUAUUUUUAACAAUUAUUGGGAUCGUGUAGAGGAAAUUCGAGCUAAUGUUUCGAACAAAUCCUGCGAUGUGAGCUACGAAAAUUUCUUAGAUGACAUUAGAAAUUUUUUUGCUGCUAUUCAGAAUACUAUUACGGAAGCAACAUCCUUUAUUAUGCUUAUGCUGGCAAUACAUACAGAUGUACAAGAAAAACUGCGACAGGAAAUAUUAGUUACAUUCAAUAAUGAUAAAAUUGCUCAACGACUCCUUAAUAUGCCGUAUCUUAAUAUGGUGUUUCAAGAGACUUUAAGAUUAUUUCCUAUUGUGCCUAUCAUUUCGCGGCAACUUACAGAAGAUAUAAAACUUGAAUCGUGUACUUUGCCGGAGGGAUGUUAUGUUAUGAUUCCAAUAUUUGCUAUUCAUCGUAAUCCUAAGUAUUGGUAUAAACCGCUGGAAUUUAUCCCCGAACGAUUUUCAUCAACCCAUUGUCGUUAUACGUAUAUUCCGUUUGGUAUGGGCCUUAGAGAUUGCGUAGGUCAGAAAUAUGCAUUUUUAAUCGUGGCAACAAUAAUCGUAAAUCUAUUGCGACGAUAUCGAUUUGUAACAGUUGGCAACCUAAAUAACAUUAAAACAACAGCUGACAUCGUAUUACGACCUCAACAUGUUAAAAUGUCUAUAACUCGUAUAUGA